AUGUUCACCUUGAUUUUACUCUUCUUGCUCCUGGACAUUCCACUUCUUGUGGCUGAUUUUAUUCAUCCCAGGUGCUUUUGGAAAAUAAAGCAGAAUGAAGACAAGGAUGGAAACCUGGGAACAGGCUGUGUUUUCUUUAUUCAUGUAGUACCACGACCUGUGGAGAAAGAGUAUUACAGGUCUAUUUUGAAUACACAAAUACACACUGAAAACCUCAAGUAUGCGCUGGUCUUGGCUUUUUCCAUGAAUGAAAUCAACAGGAACCCUGAUCUUUUGCCAAAUAUGUCUCUCAUAUUUCCAUUCUCAGCAGACAUUAGUGAUUGGGAAUCCCACUUAAACAAUAUGAUUUAUUCGAGUUUACAAACUCAUGAUAUUCUCCCUAAUUAUUUCUGUGGAGAUGACAUGUGUGGAGUUGCACUUACAGGACUUAACUGGACAACAACUGCGAGAUUUUAUACAAUCCUAAAAAACUUCAUAUGUCAGCAGUGUCAUCAUCUCACAUUUGGAGCCUUUCAUCCUGUUCUGAGUGAGAAUGAAGAAUUUCCCUAUCUAUAUCAGAUGGCCUCUGAGGAUACAGCUCUAGCUCUCGCCCUGGUUUCCUUCAUAAUACAUUUCAGUUGGAAUUGGGUAGGGUUGGCCAUCUCAGACAAUGAUCAAGGCAUCCAAUUUCUCUCCUAUUUGAGAAGAGAGAUGGAAAAAAAUUCAGUCUGCUUUGCUUUUGUCAGCAUGAUCCCAGUCAAUAUGCAUUUAUACAUGACAAGAGCAGAAGUGUAUUACAACCAAAUCAUGACAUCCUCUACAAAUGUUGUCAUCAUUUAUGGUGACACAGACAGUACUUUAGCCGUGAGCUUUAGAAUGUGGGAAUUUCUAGGUAUACAGAGAAUAUGGAUCACCACCACACAGUGGGAUGUUACUCCUAGUAAGAAAGACUUCACAUUUGAUAACUUAUAUGGGGCAUUUGCGUUUGGACACCACCAUGGUGAGAUUUCUGGUUUUAAAAAUUUUGUCCAGACAUUGAACCCUUUCAAAUACUCAGAUGAAUAUCUGGUAAAGCUGGAAUGGAUGCACUUUAACUGUGAAGUCUCAGCAUCUAAAUGUAAGACAUCGAAGAACUACUCCUCACUGGAAUGGCUAAUGGCACAUACUUUUGACAUGGCCGUUACUGAAGGGAGUUAUGACAUAUACAAUGCUGUGUAUGCUGUUGCCCAUGCAGUCUAUGAGAUGACUUUUCAGAAGUUUGAUAAUCUGUUCACUGACAGUGGGAAACAAAAAAAGUAUAUCUGCAGCAAGCUGGCUUCCUAUAUAAGAAAGAUCUACUUUACUAAUCCUGUUGGGGACAGAGUGAAUAUGAACCAAAGAGACAAACUGCAGGAAGAGUAUGACAUUUUCUACAUUUGGAAUUUUCCACAGGGACUUGGACUUAAAGUGAAAAUAGGAAUAUUUAGUCCCUAUUUCAUGAAUGGUCAACAGCUACAUUUAUCUGAAGAUAUGAUAGAGUGGGCAAGAGGAAGUAGACAGAUGCCAACCUCUGUGUGCAGUGCUGACUGUGGUCCAGGAUUUAGAAAAUUCAGGAAGAAUGGAAUGCCAGCCUGCUGUUUUGAUUGUAGUCCCUGCCCAGAAAAUGAAAUUUCUAAUGGGACAAAUGUGGAUUUGUGUGUCCAGUGUCCAGAGGACCAGUAUGCUAACACUGAGCAGAAUCACUGCAUUCACAAAGCGCUUAUCUUUCUCACUUAUGAAGACCCCUUGGGGAUGGCACUUUCUUCAAUGGCUUUGUUCUUCUCUGCAGUUACAGCUGUUGUUCUUGGGGUCUUUGUGAAACACCAUACAACUCCCAUUGUUAAGGCCAAUAAUCGCACUCUCACCUACAUAUUGCUCAUCUCCCUCAUUUUUUGUUUCCUCUGCCCCUUGCUCUAUAUUGGACAUCCAAACUCAGCUACCUGCAUCCUACAGCAAAUCACAUUUGGACUUGUAUUCUCUGUGGCUGUUUCCACUGUGCUGGCCAAAACAAUUACUGUUGUACUGGCAUUCAAAGUCACAGCUCCUCAAAGAAUGAUCAAGUAUUUUUUGGUUUCAGGAGUUUCUAACUAUAUCAUUCUCAUCUGCACUCUCAUCCAAGUUAUUGUCUGUGCAGUCUGGAUAGGAGCUUCUCCUCCUUCUGUUGACAUUGAUGCCCAAUCAGAGCAUGGUCACAUCAUCAUUGUUUGCAACAAGGGGUCAGUCACUGCUUUUUACUGUGUCCUGGCAUACCUGGCCUGCCUGGCCUUUGGGAGCUUCACUCUGGCUUUCCUUUCCAGAAACCUGCCUGGAGCCUUCAAUGAAGCAAACUCUAUAACAUUCAGCAUGCUGGUGUUCUGUAGUGUCUGGGUCACAUUCCUCCCUGUUUACCAUAGCACUAAAGGCAAGGUUGUGGUGGCUGUGGAGAUCUUCUCCACUUUGGCCUCCAGUGCAGGGAUGCUGGUGUGCAUCUUUGUUCCCAAAUGUUACACAAUACUGUUUAGACCAGAGAGAAAUUCUCUUCAAACGAUCAGGGAGAAAUCAUCUUCCCGUGUUCACAUUUCAUAA